AUGUGUUUUCAAUCUAAUGAACAUUUGAAAAUUAUGUUCUUGAAUAGAAGUCAAUUUCAGUGCGAGGGUUUAUUUCUGAUGUCAACCAAUCAAGAACUCCAAGUUUCUCAAGCAGAGUAUCGUCAUAACACAGCUCACGUCUUAGGUAUAUUUGAAAAUUCUCCUGGAAGGCUUGCCGGAAAGAGUGCUUAUUUAUUAAUAUCUUUCAAUCUCUCUUCAUCUCAUAGCAAAAGACAAAUUUAUAUGUCGAACGACCUGUAUAUGUUGGUUAAGGUAUCACAAAUAAUGUACUCUAAGUUUUCUCAUCAGCCAGCAUUAGAUGGAUUUUUCUUCGUCUCAUUUCUAAUUUGUCAUUUAGAACAUCUAGAUAAGACUUUUCUAUCAACUUUUGAUGAAAUUUUGAAAAUUAUUACAGAAGUUUAUUCCUACAAUCCAAACACGUAG